AUGGAGUUCAAUCUGUUUCUUGAAUACUAGAUGAUCAUUAACGAAGACUAAACCAAAGUGUUAAAAUAAAUGAUAGACCAUGAAAAUGAGAAUCAAGUUCAUGCACAAACAACAAAUGCAAUGAUAUUUUAUCAACUGAUGAUAAAACAAGCACUAAAUUACUAAGAAUGUGUUACUAAUAUUAAGAAAUGA